AUGCGCGCUGGCGCUACGUCGGUUGUGUACGAAAGGCCACCGCCUGCCUCCGGAAUGGGGACCAUGGCGACGAGCCCCCCAACGCUGCCUGCUCCGAAGCCCCGCCUCUUCCCGUUGCGCCGACUGUCCCUCUCGCUGCCAACUCCUGCGACUGCUCCGCUUGGCGCUCAUCCUGCUGCCGUGCCCGCCGCUCCGUCUGCGGCCGCCGAGCUGGCGAUUGUUGAUGGCGGCGUGGCGGCCCAGUCGAUGGGGUCCGCCACCACUGACGUCCUAGGCCAGCCGGCGCUUCCCGCCGCUCCGCCUCCCCACUCUGCACCGACUCCGGCGCUGGGGCCUCUUGUGCUUGUGUUGGCGGGCUCUGCUCCUGCGCCGCCUGUGGCUGCACCUCUCGCUCCGCCUGCGGCUGCUCCUCUCAUGCCGCCUGAAACUGCUCCUCUUGCACCGCCUGUGGCUGCUCCACCUGCUCCGCCUGUGGCGGGUCUGUCUGCGCCGCCCGUGGCCGUUCUCCUCGCUCCGCCGGUGGCAAAUCCCCCGGUGCCGUCUGCACAGCGUCCGCCGUCUCCUGGCCAUCGUCAGCAGCGGCCUCAAUCCCCCGCGCGUCAGGACGAGCGCGAGACGUCCCGGGAUCCCGCCGCUCGUCCUCCUCAUUUGUUGUUUCUAAGUUGGUUGAAGCUACCCUCGCUGCUGCCUGGUAACCAUUCUCUGGACCUCCGCCAGCCCCGCUUGCUGUUAGCUGUUCCGUCCCGCGACGUCCCCGCGCUUGAGAUGGUGAUUGCUGGAGCGCCUGAGCCGUCGCCAGAGCGCGCUGCCGCCUGGUCAGCUGUCGUCGCCAAGCCUCAGUCCCCACCCGAAAAGGCGACCACGGCGUCGAAGCCUCCUGUACUGCCGGCUCCGAAACCCGCGACAACAGACGCUGAAAAGACUCUUCCCCCCGUACCCGCGGCUCCCCUUGGUCUGGGCGAGGCUGGCCCAUCUGCUCCUGUUGUUGCUCCGCCCGCCCCGCCUGAUGCUCCCGUCCCCCUUGCUCCCGUUGUUGCGCCGACGGCGUUUGCUCCUGCUGGGGGAGCUGCUGAUCCCCCUGUUCCUGCCCCUGGCGCACUCGUUGCACCGGCCGCUUCUGUCCCCGACGUGCCUGCGCCGGCGUCUGCUUCUUCCCCGAAGGCGGCGUCCGCCACCACUGUCUGCCCGGCUCCGAUGGUUGCGCCUCCGGGCGCGCACGUGAUGGCUCCCGCUCCGCUGUCGGCGGUCCCUCAGGAGCGCGAGACGUCGCGGCGCCGACGCAACUCUCCCCGGCGCUACCAGCAGCAGGCCCAGUGGCCUGCUCACCCCGGUGGCAAUGGGGGCUGGAGGGGUCCCCACGGGCGUGGUGGUGGCGGGAGAUACCGUCCGCCUGUGACAAUGGCGGAUCUUCAGCGGGAGGUGUCGAGGGCCGUGCGCGAGGAGAGGGCGGCGCAGAGCCAGAGCAGUUCGCUGCGGGCCGCGCCAGCGCACGUGGCUCCUCGUCAGACUGUGCCUCCUAUGGACCCUCCGCCAGCUGCUGCAUUUCCUCCUCAUGUCCUCGCCCCAUCGGCUCCUUCUCCUUCUGUUUUGGCGCCUGCUCCCGGCUCUCGUCUGCAUCUGCCACCGGUUCCACCUGUUGCGGGUGUGGAGUUUGUUGUUGUGGGGGGUGGCACUGCGGCUCAGCAUUCCCACCACGUUGCUGCUGAUGAGCCGCUACUGUUUCUGACGGAGGCGCUGCAGCCUCCGCAGACGUGUGUUCCAGAGGUGACACUUGGCCAGCUCCACCGCCUCGGGGAGAGUCUCCACGCGUUGCUGCUGAUUCAAGUGCUCGCGCACUCGUCCCUCCCCGUGAUUCCUCCUGAGACUUUCCGCGGCCGCCAGCGUGACACGUGCUUGGACGCGGCAGACCAGCUCGCCGCGUUGCUGGCGCCCGUGUUAGCUGCGCCCGCGGAGGGUGGCGCUGCUGGUGCGGGAGAGCUGGACGAGGCUGUCCGGGGCCUGAAACGGCACUUGCGCGCAGGAUCUGGAGCCGCGGUGAUCGGCACAAGCACGCUUGUGGUCCGGGAGUUGUGGCGCUCCCUGACGGGCGUUCUUCACGCCCUUGGAGCUCAUCGCAUGUAG